AUGUCGCCUCGUCGCUCCUCGAGGGCCCGCACCACACAGCCCUCUCCUGCCCUCCUCCAACACACCAACUCCAGCUCCUCAAACUCCACUACUCGCGAAAGAAGCACUCGCUCAAACCACAAAAACCCUUCUCCCCAUGGCUCAUCCGGCCAUCGAUCCCAGUCCGUCGACGACGCCGAACACGGCUCGAGGGUCGACCUUCCACAAACGCGCCAGCGCCAGCGCGCCCGCGAAGACGAAGAUGACGAAGAUCCGCCCCGAGCGGGAGACGAUGAAGCGUUCGAUGAAGAUGAAGAGGAGGAAAUCACUCGGUGUCUGUGUGGACAGCAGGACUACCCAGGCUUGCCUCACUCCCGUCGCGAAGCUCUGACCCGCGGUGUCGUCAAGUCAGAGGGUGGCCAUCCACCUACAGACUCCUCUGAUAUGCUUUCCGAUGACGUCGGGAGCAUGUUCAUUCAGUGUGACUCCUGCAAAGUAUGGCAGCACGGUGGCUGCGUCGGGAUUAUGGACGAGGAGGCGAGUCCCGACGAAUAUUUCUGCGAAGAGUGCCGAAAGGAUCUGCACAAGAUCCGCGGCGAACCCAAUGGCUCACGCUCAUCCACCUACCUCCCUGUCCAGCCGCCGUCGUCGCCCGCGCCCUCCUCUCGGGCUUCUUCACGAGAUAUCUCCCGACGUUCAAAGGACCCAAAAUCGCGAAAUAGCGAGGGUGCGUCGAAUCCCAAGCGGCGAUCAACUAUGAAUAGCCGUGAUGCUGCUUACGACGAGGAGGAACAACUUCGGCGAGCAAUUGAGGAGAGCAAAGAAGAUACGAAGAGUAUCCCCGACGACACAUCUACAACCCGCCGCGGCAAGCGAAGCCGUAGUGAUAGCGAAGUCAACAGAAACGGCUCGAAACGUCCGCGCACGAGUUCCCCCUCCCCCACAGCUGUGUCAAAACAGAGCAACCCCGCAUCUCAGCCUCCUUCCGAUGACGAGUCCAAGGCGAAGCCUGCAACAAACGGGACUCGACGACACAGAGCCACCUCUCGGGGCCAGCGCGAUAAAGAACCCGCUAAGGAGACUGAAGAGGUCGAAACGGAAGCUCCAGAAGCCGCGAACCGUCGGAAAGAGAGGCCAAGCCGCCGCAAAGGAGAGGAAUCCGAACAUGAACCGGGAUCUCCGACGAAGCCGGUGCUGAACGAGCCUGAGCCGGUCCAACCCAGUCCGAAUACUCCCACCCCCAAAGAACCAACGCCUGUUCGGCCAUCAACGCGCAAGUCGGGACGCCCGACUGCCAGGCGGGGCGGCCGGGUGGGUCGCAACCAAUACACCAAAGACCGCGAUGCCAAUGGCAAUGGAACCGAGUCUCCUCGCCGGGGCCAGUCUCAUGAUAUCGGCGGAGAUUCGCCCCGAGUUGGCAACAACGGCCCCAAUGGCAUGCACGUUAAUGGAGAAACUAGUCGACCGAGCAAGCCUCGUCACAUGCACCCCCAGCGAACCACCAUGAAUGAGAUGAAGCGACGCGUGGCCGCCAUCUUGGAAUUUAUCUCACGAAUGCAAGUCGAAAUGGCCGUUGCCAGCGAGAACUCGUCCACGCCCACAGGAAAUGGCGAUCGUUCACAGGGCCUGCUCUUGAAGAGUAUGGUCGAUCAAAUAGAUGCCGCGAUGGCAUCUACCACCAGCGAAGGCGGCGAAUCAGCCCCGCCCACGACAGACGGCGAAGGGGAUGCCCCUAUCCACGAGAAAGACUUCAAGGACCUCAGCAGCGUGGAAAUGAUGGACGUGCUGACCCGUCAUCUCCUCAAAUGGCAGCAGGAGUACGGCAAGUUUGGGGAGCGGUAG